AUGUAUUUGUGGCUGGUGGCUGGAGCGAUGCUCUGCUCGGUCCCCGCUUGCGCUCUGGACGCGGACCAACUUUGGAUCCGUGGCCUAGACAACUGGGGAAUCGUCAGUGUUUUGAGACAGAUGAAAAAUAUCGCUCCCCACCAAUGCCUGAAUGACAGAAGGGACUUCAAGUUUCCUUGGGAAAGGCGGAUUAUCACCGAAAUGUCGAAGACACAAUACAUCUGUUUGACCCAACUGAUGCUGCAGCAGACCUUCAACCUCUUCGUCUCAGAGCAGAGCCACGCUCCCUGGAACAGCACCCUCCUCUCCGACCUCUUCCUCAGCCUCCAUCACCACCUGGACCGCCUCUCCGAGACGCAGGAAGACCGGGUUUGUUCCGAUUUUCAGCUGCCUGUCCAGGAUUACUUCCGAAGAAUCCGUAAAUACCUGAAGGAAAAGAAAUACAGUGGCUGUGGGGAGAUCGUUAGGAUCGAGAUUAAAAUACGCAUUAUCAUCCUAGAAUAUUACUUCGAGAAAGUUCAAUAA